UGCAGGCUACUCACGUGCAGGGCGUGUUCCAGCGUACCGAGCGCCGCCUCCACCGCCGCCUGCCUUUCCUGAGGAAACGGAGGGGUAGCGACCAGCGCUUUAUUUCGCCGCCUGCCUCGCUGCGCCUCUGGCUGUGGCGGCGUGACUGCUGCGCCAGCGGAUGGCGCGGGGGAGCCGCAGCCGGCAGCCGCCCUUCUGCGGCCGGGGCCGUUACUAAGCGCGGCCGCCUCCGCACACCGCCCUCGCGGCUCCCUCCUCGGCGGCGGCGGCCCGCACCACACGGCGGCGAGGACGCGGAGCGCCGCGGCGCCGGCCCGCCCUGAGGAGAGCUCGGCAGCGCCCGGCCCGCCCUCAGCCCCGACGGGGCGCGUGACGCAGCGACGAGAGGCGCCCGUGCGGAUAGAACGAUCGCGGGAGGUUAGCACAGCGCGGCGGAGAGGGGCUGGGAGGGCGUCGCCGAGCAGAUACUUUAGUUGAAAAUAGAUAAAAUGGCGACAUUAAUUCACACUCUAGCAGAUCACACUGAUGAUGUCAACUACUGUGCCUUUUCUUCAUCUUGCUUGGCCACUUGUUCCUUGGACAAAACGAUACGCCUUUAUUCUUUGAAGGACUUUACUGAGCUUCCCUACUCACCUUUAAAAGGUCACACGUACGCUGUCCACUGCUGCUGCUUCUCUCCCUCCGGACACGUUUUAGCUUCGUGUUCGACAGACGGCACGACCAUGGUUUGGGACACCCGCGAUGGCCGGAGGCUGGCGGUGCUGGAGCAGCCCGGCGGGAGUCCUGUUCGCGUCUGCCGGUUUUCUCCCGAGUCCACGUACCUGGUGUCGGGUGCAGCGGACGGGAGCGUCGUUCUUUGGAACGCGCAGUCGUUGAAGUUGUACAGAUCCGGGAAUGUUAAAGAUGGUUCUUUGGUGGCCUGUGCAUUUUCUCCUGAUGGAAAUUUCUUUGUCACUGGAUCAUCAUGUGGUGAUUUAACCAUUUGGGAUGAUAAAAUGAGAUGCCUCUAUAAUGAAAAAACACAUGAUCUUGGCGUUACCUGCUGUGAUGUUUCUUCACAGCCAGUUUCUGAUGGCGAACAUGGGUCCAGAUACUUCCAGAUGGCUUCUUGUGGUCAAGAUAAUCAGAUCAAACUCUGGCUUAUUUUAUUUGCAGAUUUCUUAGGUAUUGAAUUAAAAUAUAAAUGCACAUUGAGUGGACAUUCCGCCCCAGUUCUGGCUUGUGCAUUUUCUUAUGAUGGACAGAUGUUAGUUUCAGGGUCUGUGGACAAGUGUGUCAUAAUAUAUGAAACUAGUACUGGCAAUAUCCUUCAUACUUUGUCUCAACACACCAGGUAUGUUACAACUUGUGCUUUUGCACCAUAUAUUCUCUUACUUGCCACAGGUUCAAUGGAUAAAACUGUGAAUAUAUGGCAAUUUGACCAUAAACAACCCUGUUCAGGAAAUAUCACAGAAAAUGAAUCUAAGAUGGCUGUUGAGAAUUGGUCAGAGGAAGACGUUUUGGCCUGGCUUCAUGCACAGGGCUUAACAGACCUUGUUGGGAUUUUCAAAAUGCAUAACAUUGAUGGCAAAGAACUCCUGAAUCUUACGAAAGAAAGUCUGACGAAUGAAUUAAAAAUUGUGUCUCUAGGUCUGCGCAGUAAAGUCCUCCGUAAAAUUGAAGAACUAAGGAUGAAAACAGAAUCUGUUUCUGUUGCUAUCCCUGAUGAAUUCUUGUGCCCCAUAACAAGGGAGCUUAUGAAGGAUCCUGUUAUUGCAGCAGAUGGCUAUUCCUAUGAAAAGGAUGCAAUGGAAAACUGGAUCAACAAUAAAAGACGAUCUAGUCCCAUGACAAACCUCCCGCUCCGCUCUCUUCUGCUUACGCCCAACAGGACUCUGAAAAUGGCAAUUAGUCGCUGGCUCGAGACUCACCAGAAACAUGAUGAAACCACUUAGCUUUGAAAUUAUUACAGUUAAUUGAAAUGAAGCUGUGUGUAGCUAAAGGAAAUAACUGUACUGGAAACAGCUGGAGAAAAACCCUGUGUUUCUGUUCUAACCUGUGACUGUCAUUUAAAUGUUUAUGUUAAAAAGAACAUUACUGUUGGUACCUAAAAAAGGGUUUUCAGUAGUUUUUUGGAAAGUUAUUGGUAUCUUUGCACAAUAUUUCUGUUUCAGAAAUCAAGUGUUCAAAUUCACAAUUAGUUUUUAAAAUAAAGUUUUCUUAAAAUUUUUGCUGCA